AUGGAUACUCUUCGGAUUCGUUCGACCCACGGAUUCCACAAUUUGGUUUUGAGAAACCAUCUCCAAGGCACUAUUAUCGAAGCCCUCAUCCUGACGACGAUCUCCGGCGCCGGUGGAGCCCCGACUCACCGGCGUCGGGAGCUUUCUUUUGCUCACUCGAUUCUUCAUCUUUAUAGCUUUCUUAAUUUUUCUCUUUUGUCAGUCUUUUUAUUUCCCCUUUUGAAUCCCUUUCGAACCCUACCUAAUCCAAGACUCUUGAUGAGAACUUCAACAAUCAACAAUAAAGGAGGAAGAUGGUGUCCGGCGAUCUCCAUCCUUCACCCUCUUUAUUCACCAUCUGUGCCGAAAUCACCUAUGAUAGAACCACCAACUUCUAGAUCUGAGGCUUCGAUUAACCUCUGGUUCUCCUUCUAUGCCUCGAUUCUCGGACUGAACCAUCAAACACAGACAUUGCCUCCACCGGAGAUGCUUGCCUCAACGAUAAAUUCUCCUCCUUCUCUGGACGACGGCCGCCGCUCGUCAAGCCGUUUCCCACCAGCCAAAAGGAAACUAGGUUUCCAACUUGUGGGCCUAUUCAUGUUCGGCCCGUUAAGCUUUCUGAAGUCCAAUCCAUUAAAUGGUGAGCCAAACUCUGUUUUACUAAAGCCCAGGUUUGUAAUCUUUUCUUUGUCCACCAUUAGCCAGUUUAGAUAUCGUUUUACGGAAUCCUUUGAUCGAGGACGUCAAUUGGAACGUAACGCAUCCUUAUUGCUAUGGUCGUACAAGAAUUCCCUGCCUCUAGCUUCACCUAGGAUUGUUGACCAUGAUAAUUUAUUUUUCACUGAGAAAGGUUUUAUGUGCCCAACUCCAAGUUAUUUGAGAACCUUGCCUUUAGAUUCAUCUAGGAUUACUUCUCAUGUUUUGAAUUGUUUGAAGAAGAACGGCAUUAUGAUCCCGCAUCUAAGGAGCGGUGAUUACCGAAGCUUCUUCAUCCCCUUUUAUCCACUCCCCUUGUUUUCCGAAACCAUUUAUGUGCAGAUUAGCUACUUAAAGGAAGACUUUCAUCCAUUUAAAAGCUUGAUACUCAGGUCUGGAUUUUUUUACUUCUUGUGGCAAACUGGCUACAAACUUUGUGUGGAUUUCCUUAAUCUCCAUGGCCGCCAUGGACUUCAUGUGAGAGAGGACUCACCUGUUCUGUUACGGUCUUGCAUCCAUCAAUUACGAAUCCUGGUUGAUAAAGCUUCUUUGAGGUUCUUGAACUUGUCCAAUGAUCACUCUCCUUCAUGCGUUUAUGACAAUUUCAAGCAACACGCUCUCCACACCAGUCCCAUAUGCUACGGUUUGUCUAAGCUCAACUCUCACUCCGUGAAAACUGUAGCAAUCAACCUCAAACAUCAUAGCACCUUCAUCCCUGCUCGAAACCUUGUCAAAGCGCUACCUUGUGUAGUUUUUCUCGUGCCGGCGAGAACCUCGACUUUGGCCCAUUCAUCAACGCCACUUCGUCUCUUGACAGUGGCUAAUUUGUCCUCCGUUGACUCGCUCUUGGAAGACUCGUCGAUUAUUUUUGAUCUCACAUGUACCAAAAAGCUUCAUAGCUUUUGGCUCAAAGCUCUCAAGAAGUUAUUAUCGAUUAAUCUUAUCUAUCCUUUUAUCUACUUUAUGUUGGCUUUGGGGAAAGGCCAUCUCUGUUGUAAUUUAAACUUUGGGAUCUCAGAUUCCUUUUAUCUUUGUACUUGGGUUCUACCUUAAUGGAAUGAAAACAAGCUUUAGUUCAAAAAAAAAA